AUGAGUACUACUUAUCAUCCACAAACUGACGGACAAAGCGAGCGUACGAUCCAGACUAUCGAAGACAUGUUAAGAUCUUGUGCUUUGGACUUCAAAGGAAAUUGGGACAAGCAUUUGCCAUUGGUUAAGUUUUUGUAUAACAACAGUUAUCAUGCCAGCAUAGGAAUGCCCCCGUACGAAGCUCUUUGUGGAAGGAAGCGUAGAUCCCCGAUACAUUGGGAUGAAGUUGGAGAAAAGAAAGUGAUUGCUCAAGACAAGAAACGAAAGUAUGCUGACCCGCACAGAAAGGAUGUUGAGUACGAAAUUGGAGAAGCUGUUCUGUUAAAAGUAUCACCUUGGAAAGGAAUAGCAAGAUUCAGAAAGAAAGCAAUUCAUAAUGUUUUCCACGUCUCAUUGCUUAAGAAGUUCAACCCCGACACCAAGUGCAUCAUAGAGUAUGAACUAGUUGAGAUAGAGCCUAAUUUGUCUUAUGUCGAGCAACCGGUUAGCAUUCUAUAUAGGAAGGACAAAGUGUUAUGGAAUAAGAUAGUUCCUUUAGUUAAGGUUUUGUGGAGAAAUCCCAAGGUUGAAGAAUCAAUGUAG